AUGUAUCUACCCCCCGAGAUCCUCGUCAUGACGAUGGCAUAUUGCGACCAAGACACACUCCGAACCCUAGCUCUGUGCAGCAAGUUGUUUCGAACCAUCUGUACGCCACUACUUUACAAGCGAGACUUGCAGUCGUUUGUUCCACGUUCUGUGACCUGGGCGAUUUCCGAGUGCGAAGACGACUCCGUUUCACUGCGUGUACUUGAGAAUGCACAGCAGUCGGGGGCGGAUUUUCAGAGGAGACUACCAUACGACUGCUUCCUCGGCCAAUUUGCGAUUGAGCUUGCUGUUCUGUUAGGUCGCGAUAAGAUCAUUGCAUAUCUUUUGGAUGGCGGGUUUCACGACCGGGAACUCAUAGACGACGGCAGCGUUUGGGCUCCGCUACCGUUCAACGCAAACCAGGCUCUGCCUUGGGAGCUCGACACUUCGAGGACCCUACACACCGCAUCAGAUCUUCGUUUUCAACAAGGCGUUCCGCCACUGGUCCCGUCCGUAGAGAUCGAGCCGACACCUCUCUAUUUCGCAUCCUGGUUUCCCAUGACGAAGGAGGAAACUCUACUUUAUGUGUAUGAAGCUGGGACCAACAGCCCCGCGAUGACUCGAGGGGCCGAAUCCAAACAUCGGAGAAUGUUUGUUGUCAAGGCCAAGCCAUUCAGGCCCAGAUGCAAUUUCUGGUAG